UUCAAGGAGCAGAGCUGAGCUCUCUCCUCUGCCUGUCUGCCACUGUGAGAGUUCUGGUCGGUACUGCCCACAGUCCUCAUGGUGGGUGGCCUCCGUGGAGGGGACCCGUGAUCAGCGGCAGGAUGCCAGGGAAGCCCAAGCACUUGGGUGUCCCCAACGGGCGCAUGGUUCUGGCUGUCUCUGAUGGAGAGCUGAGCAGCACAGCCGGCUCCCAGAGCCAGGGCGAGGACCGAGGUAGCUCUCUUAGCGUCCACAGCCUCCCCAGUGGGCCCAGCAGCCCUUUUUCCACGGAAGAACAGCCUGUGGCCAGCUGGGCCCUGUCCUUUGAAAGGCUGCUGCAAGACCCACUGGGCCUGGCUUACUUCACGGAAUUCCUGAAGAAGGAGUUCAGUGCAGAGAACGUGACUUUCUGGAAGGCCUGCGAGCGUUUCCAGCAGAUCCCAGCCAACGACACCCAGCAGCUAGCCCAAGAGGCCCGGAACAUCUACCAUGAAUUCCUGUCCAGCCAGGCUCUGAGCCCGGUGAACAUCGACCGGCAGGCCUGGCUCGGAGAGGAGAUGCUGGCCCAGCCCCAGCCAGAUAUGUUUCGGGCUCAGCAGCUGCAGAUCUUCAAUUUGAUGAAGUUCGACAGCUAUGCGCGCUUCGUCAAAUCCCCGCUGUACCGCGAGUGUCUCCUGGCCGAGGCCGAGGGGCGUCCACUGCGGGAACCCGGCGCCUCCCGCCCGGGCAGCCCGGACGCCAAGAGGAAGAAGCCGAAGCUGAAGUCUGGCAAGUCGCUGCCGCUGGGCGUGGAGGAGUUGGGACAGCUGCCACUGGCCGAGGGACCCAGCGGCCGCCCGCUCCGCAAGUCCUUCCGUAGAGAGCUGACCGGCGGGGCCACGAACUCAGCCUUGCGCAGAGAGUCUCAGGGGUCCCUCAAUUCCUCGGCCAGUCUGGACCUUGGCUUCUUGGCCUUUACUAACAGCAAAUCCGAGAAUCAGAACCAUCGGAAGAGCCUCGGGAAUGGAGAGGGUGAAGGCGAAAGCCGGCCAGGAAAGUACUGCUGCGUGUACCUGCCCGACGGCACAGCCUCCUUGGCCCUGGCUCGACCUGGCCUCACCAUCCGUGACAUGUUGGCAGGCAUCUGUGAGAAACGAGGCCUCUCUCUGCCUGACAUUAAGGUCUACCUGGUGGGCAAAGAACAGAAAGCGCUGGUCCUGGAUCAGGAUUGUAUGGUGCUGGCGGACCAGGAAGUGCGGCUGGAGAACAGGAUCACCUUCCAGCUAGAGUUGGCGCCGCUGGAGCGCGUGGUGCGGAUCUCGGCCAAGCCCACAAAGCGCCUGCAGGAGGCGCUGCAGCCAAUUCUGGCGAAGCACGGCCUGAGCCUGGAACAGGUGGCGUUGCGCAGGCCAGGAGAGAAGCAGCCGCUGGAUCUGGGGAAGCUGGUGAGCUCGGUGGCAUCGCAGAGCCUGGUGUUGGACGCUCUUCCAGGGGCAAAGAUGCUUGAAGCCAGCAACACAUCCACCUGCCGCAGCCAGGCGUACCCUCCUAGAACCCAGGACAAGGCUACGACUCCUCUCCCGCCACUAACCCCCAGCUCGCUGGUGGAGGAGUCCCGAAGCUCCACCGGGAAGCGGCAGACCUGUGAUAUUGAAGGCCUGGUGGAACUGCUGAACCGGGUGCAGAGCAGCGGAGCCCAUGACCAAAGGGGCCUUCUUCGCAAAGAGCAUCUGGUGCUUCCAGACUUUCUGCAGCUGUCCACCCAAAAGCCUGACUCCCAAGACGCUCCGCCUUAGGUUGGAUCAGCUGCCCAGCCCUGGGAGAGCCCCUUGGACUCCAUUGCCCACCCAGCCCUCUGACACCUGUUAACAGUCCAGGUCCCUUAGUGGCCCAAGCAUGCUGUGGGUCCGCUCUGCAUGCCCUGUCUGUGCCCUGAGUGUCCUUGGCUCCUUCCUGCAGUGGGCAGGCCCACAGGAGGAACAGGAGGAGAGGGAACUCAAAGGUCAAAGGACCCUUACCCCCCUAGCUAUGGCCACCUAGUCUCUCACAGGCUCACCUACCCAUCUCUUAUAGCCAGGUCCUUGGAGGCAGGUGGGCUUAGCCCCUUGGUGUGGGCAUACCCAACACAGGGAUGGCAUUGGCAGUGCCAGCUUCCUAACUUUGUUCUAAACAUCAGCAGGGGCCAGGAGGAGGGGCUGGCCCCUCCUUAAGCAACUGAUGUGAGUAAGGCUUGGAGGUACUGAUGGGCAGCCCUUGCCUCUCCUCCCACACAGACUAGUGUACAUAGAGAUUUUAUGGUUGGCUUGGGGCAGCUGGGUUUGUCCUCACUGUAUGAUACUGUUAUUAUAAUUAUUAUUCUGUCA